CAAGUCAAAUGGGGGAAAAUUAGAUGACUUACCUACCAACCACCAUCUGCCCAUCCAGGAGGCCCCAAGUCUUAGCCUUUGUGCUAUGUUGAAAUGCUAAUGUCCUAUGUCUAUGCCAUUUAUGCUUUGAUAUAAAAGGCAGCACCACUCUUUAAUUUCUCAAUUCACUUACAAACUCAACCAUCUUUGCCCUUUCAUUGCUUCCUUGCCUGCCUUAAACCUCCUUCAAGCAUAGCCAUGACUACUGAAAUGGUAAUGGUUGAUGAAGUCCCUUUUCCUCCACAAAUCACAACUACCAAGCCACUAUCUCUUUUGGGUCAUGGAAUUACCGACAUUGAGAUUCACUUUUUGCAAAUCAAGUUCACAGCAAUUGGGGUUUACCUUGAACCUGAAGUUGUAGGGCAUUUACAACAAUGGAAGGGUAAGCCUGGGAACGUGCUAGCUGAAGAUGAUAACUUCUUCGAGGCUCUUAUUAAUGCUCCAGUGGAGAAGUUUCUGAGAGUUGUGGUGAUUAAGGAGAUCAAAGGUUCCCAAUAUGGAGUGCAGCUAGAGAGUGCUGUGAGGGACCGAUUGGCAGCUGACGACAAAUACGAAGAGGAAGAGGAAGAAGCCUUGGAAAAAGUUGUUGAAUUCUUCCAGUCUAAAUAUUUCAAGAAGGAUUCAGUCAUCACUUACCAUUUUCCAGCAAAUUCAGCCACUGCUGAGAUUGCAUUCACGACGGAGGGAAAGGAGGAAGCAAAAAUCAAAGUAGAGAAUGCGAAUGUGGUCGAGAUGAUCAAGAAAUGGUACUUAGGAGGAACAAGGGGAGUGUCUGCAACUACCAUUUCCUCCUUAGCUAAUACCCUCUCCGCUGAGCUUUGCAAAUGAACCCAUGCCGUUUUGUUACCAAGUCUUUCCUACUAAGAACCAUCCUGUUUGUUGUGCUUUCUCUACCAAUAAAUUAUGAUAUGAUUGGAGUUUUCGCUUA